AUGGAUUUCGUCAACAAGCUCACCGGAAACAACAACGACGCCUCUGCCUCCCAGGCCCAGCAGCCUGAGAAGAAGGAGUCGGGAGGCUUCAUGGACAAGCUCAACGGCAUGGCAGGCGGCGGCCGUGAGAGCGAGAAGCAGGAGGAUGGCCUCGACAAGGCUGUCGACAUGUUCCAGGAAAAGGUUCUGGGCCAGGGUCCCCAGAACAACGAAAGCGCUGCAGAGCAGGCGAAGGACGAACAGAUCAGCGACUUCAUCCGCAAACAGUACAAGGGCACCACCGGAAAGGACUUCCCUAUUGAGGACAAGGACAAGAAGUACGGCUUGUAA